AUGAGUAAUUGCUUUGGUACUGACCAGUCACCUGAUGCCUUUGGAGCGUGGGCAAAGAAGCGCGACGUGUUUCUACACCCAGAUGUCGCCUUCCUCGUCCCCACAAAAACGAUGGGCUUCGGUGUUUUCGCGCGCAAGCCGCUGAAGGCGGGCACUGUUGUGGUCAGCUGCCCGUUCGUGACCUGCAUCUCGCCGUACGAGAAGACCAGCCUUGACUCACCAUGCCUCAAGGCCCUUACAGAGUUACAGAUCAAGGACAAUGUUCUCUACGUUGUUCUUCGCCUCAUGGCGGAGGCGGUGCGGCACUCAUCACCCUGGAUGCCAUGGUUAAAGGCAUGUCCGCGCAUGUCAGAUCACUUCUUUGACGAGUCGACGGCAAAGGUGGUAUUCGGCCUCUCAUCUAGUGGCGCUUCAGCAACGCCCACAACAUCGGUUUCACUGUCGUGGACGGGCCCCUCACAGCAACUGCGCGAGAUUAAGGUGGCGCAGCGGUGGGAGGCCGCGCAGGAGGUGAUGCGGCGUUUUCCAGAGUACUGGCCGGAGGAACAGGCAACGUUUUCCCUCUUCUGCGAGUGCCUAGCACAAGUGUUAUCACGUAAUUUUCAUCGUGAGGAGAUUGAGGGACGUGAAGGGCCAUACCUCCUCCCCGGCCUUGACAUCAUCAAUCAUUCCUCUGCGGCAAACGGGAAGUUUGAGAUCCGUGGGGGUGGCCGCAAACAUGCCUUGACGUUCUGCGUGGUCGCCGCACGUGAACUUCGUCGUGGAGAGCAGGUGUUCUGUACGUAUGGACGUAUCGGUGCGUCACGGUUUGCCAUAGAGUUUCAGUUUGUCACAAAAACUAUUCUGGAGGAGGAUAUGCUGCGAUUUUCCCUUGACGUUAUAGCGGAAAUGACGGUGAAUCUCAUCGCUGCGGAGGAAUCCUCUUCGUCCACAGCGAAGGAUAAAGGUAUGAUCCAGGAGCGGCUGGAGUGGCUGCAGCGUCUCGGCUUUCUCUUCGAUGAGGGAUUCUACGUGUCGCGACUGCCACCACCCUCUGGUGGGGAAGUACCAGCAGCUACUGCGAAGGAAGUUGAAACACUCUUCAAUGUGUUUUACCUUAUGACAGUGGAGCCAGUGAAGUUUGAGAACCUCAUCCACACCAUUAAUCGUGAGUGGUGUGUGGAGCGGACACCGAAGGUCCUGGCGCUCGUGUCGAGGGUGCUGGCGAUGCGGGCUGAGGCGGUGCGUCUACAGAUGGCUGUAUCAGAGGCAAACUUAGCUGAAACAGUGUAUGAUGCGCGCAGAAAGCUGCUGGAGAUGACCUUGGCCUCUGAGUUGGAAAUGAUUCACCUUCUGCAGCAGCACAUCGGUGAAUCCCAUUAG